UCUAAUACAAGAAACGCCAUCAAGUCCAAGUCCAGCUCCUUCUCCACUUUGCUCGCUGAAUCUCCGGCAACGAACAACCGCAGCGACACCGGGGACGUGACCACUUGGGUCGCUGCAGCGGGAGCUAAACGCGCCGGAAAAGAAGGACCUCCGAAUCGGCAUAGCCUGGAGGUUGAAGAUAACCUUGCAGCAGCUCGCAGACGACGGCAUGCAAGUCGAGAGUGGCCGCCCUUCGGCCAUAAAAGUCGACGGCGGGCCAGCCCGAGACCGGCGAGAGGCCGUCGAGGAUUCACUCUCAAAGGCAAAUGCAUACACCGCAUCUCCCCAUCCGCCAUAUCCGAAGAAAACAGACGCAGAUCGAACCCCUUUUCUUCCUCCACCACCACGGUGACUUGAGAGAAAAUAGGAUCUAGCCGCUCUGAUUCGAACUGACGAAGAACGACCGCGCUUAUUAAUGAAGCUCAUCUCAGGGAAACUCUCCUCCAUCUUCCACCAUGGAGGCUUGAAGAAGAGGCCAAGAGAUGACCGCCCAGCGGCGCGCCACACCACCCGAACGGAGGAGCUUCCGACGCCAAUCUUAUUGUCGGAGAUGCCUGAGAGGACCAUCUCCUCCUGCCUCAGCUCAGAGCAGAGCCAAGAACAGAGGAUGAAGACACUCAGGACGCCCCAGAUCUGAUUGACAAGAUCUGGAGUCCUACUCCCAUUCUCCAUAGAGGUAAAACCACAACACCUAAACCUAGAUCCUAUACUACAGAAGCCGGUACCUCCCCUCAGCCUCCUCCAGACGGCAUGGCCGCCGGUGGGAGCUUCGGUUUGGCCCGGGAGAGGGUGGGAGACUCUCAAGGGGAAAACUGUAGCAGGGGGAGAGAGAGAGGGGAUGGAAAAGAGAUCCCUUUCUGAGAGGACCUUGUUGUCUCCUUCAUAGCAUCAUAAUAGUCGAGUUCAUCGUCGACGGCGGCGCUUCACUUCGGUACUCCCAAAGAGUCGACUUUGGCCGCCUUAUGAUGGCCGGACGGAGGGCAAGACAGGCGAUGUUCUUCGCCAUGCUGCUCUCCUUGGCCAUCUACAGUUCCGUCGUGUCGUGCAAGAUUCAGGAACCGACCACGGUGAUCCAGACGGAGCGGAUACAGAUUGAGGCAAAUCACGGAAAGAAAACAAGUGAAUCGAUAGGUAUGUUCUCGAGAAAUCCUAGAUCGGUCAUCGACACGACAGAGAGUCACAAAAUCACGUUCCCGAGCGACGAAGAAAAGACAAACGAGCACGGCGUCCAACAACCGAAAGAGGAUGGUCAUCACCAAGGUGGAAUCGUGGACAAGGUGGACUUCAGCACAAACAAGGCUAAGCCUGAAGAUAUGCAGCCUGCUUCUGUUCCAAUACAGAUGUGGAAAACCUUGGAAUUCCCUAGCGACCACGUGCUGCUGUUCCAGUGCUCCGGCGACAAGCUCACAGUGCGUAUCCGGCCGCGCUUAGACGGCUUCGAGGAGUACUAUGUGCGCAUCUCCAGUGGCCACCUAUCAAGCGUUUGUGCCAACCGGCUUGAGAUGCCGAGCAUGUUUGAUGCUAAUCCGCACUACCACGCACUGUUCUGGUUGCUCCCUGAGGAGGAAGAUCUAGUGCCCGUGCCACCGACGGAGUUGUCUGAGACAACACUGACAGAGGAGGAGACGACGGAGAGCUUUACAUUCAGCACUGAUGUAGUAGUGGUUUUCUACCGGUCGGCGACGAUGGAGGCUAAAAGGAAGAUCGACAUCGUGGCGCGUGAGGCGGUGGAGUUUCGACCUGCCACCGGGGAGAAACAGGGGGCCAUUCGCCCCUUCAGUCCGGAUUCCAUCAUCUUCUGGACGAAUGCUCCAUAUGCACCACACGCAACUUAUUUUGCCUAAAACCUUUCACUUGAAAAUAUAGUGCCAAUUGCACCUGAUCACGUGUGCAGGACUGGCUCGGUUUACAAAGUCUAGCUUUUCUAAUCUAUUCUAGCACUACCCCCGUCCCAAAAAGAUGUCGGAUAUAAUAUAGAUGUAUAUAUACACUAAAUAAUUUUCAUUAUUAAACUUAGAUAAAUCUCUUUUCACGUUCCUCAA